AACAGCGACGGCGACUACGAUAACGAGGGAGCACCGCGAUGAUCGCGGAAGUUGUCACGGCUGAUUCACCGUGAGGGACUCUCGAGCACGGACGACAAGAUUGUAACGAGAAGAGGAUGCUGCAGGCGAGUUAUUAAGUGGUAAACCGUCGCGAGUCGGGCCGCGUCCGAGGACUUGGGGCGAGUCGCGCCCGAUGCGUACGCUCGGCGAGGAGGAAACGCGACACCCGAUAUCCUCGUCAGCGUCCGAUCGCACCGCCAGAAGAUGAACGGGUUAAGCUUCGGCGAGCUGUGCUGCCUGUUCUGCUGUCCGCCCUGUCCUUCCAGGAUCGCCGCCAAGCUGGCCUUCCUGCCGCCCGAGCCGACCUACACCUUCGUCGAGGACGAGGGCUCCAAGUUUACGAUCUCCCUCUCGGAGAGGGCGGAGUGGCAGUACACGGAGCGAGAGAAGGAGUCCGUAGAAGGGUUCUAUGCGAUGACGUCCAGACGCAACCGUAUAGCCUGUUUGUUCGUCAGGUGCUCGGCGAACGCCCGAUUCACUAUUCUUUUCUCCCAUGGAAAUGCCGUCGACCUGGGACAGAUGUCCAGCUUUUAUUUGGGCCUCGGCUCCAGGAUUAACUGUAACAUAUUCAGCUACGACUAUUCGGGCUAUGGCGUGUCGGGUGGCAAACCUUCGGAGAAGAACCUUUAUGCCGAUAUCGAUGCUGCAUGGCAUGCAUUGAGGACACGUUAUGGCAUCAGUCCUGAGAACAUCAUUCUUUAUGGCCAGAGCAUCGGAACGGUUCCUACCGUCGAUCUUGCUGCCAGAUACGAGGUGGGCGCCGUCGUGCUACACUCGCCUCUUAUGUCCGGAAUGCGAGUAGCUUUUCCUAAUACCAAGAGGACUUGGUUCUUCGAUGCCUUUCCUAGUAUAGAUAAAGUACCAAAAGUGACAUCGCCAGUAUUGGUCAUUCAUGGGACUGAAGACGAAGUCAUUCAUUUCAGCCAUGGUCUGGCGAUCUACGAGAGAUGUCCCAGGGCUGUGGAACCUUUAUGGGUUGAGGGUGCUGGUCACAACGACGUGGAACUGUACAAUCAGUACUUAGAGCGAUUAAAGCAAUUCGUCAGCGUGGAGUUGGUAAACUGACGGCGACUUAGCCUCUCCCAAAACCAGGGAGGGCAGGGAGGAGGAC